CAAAGUACAAGUAAAAAUGAAGUUUGGUGAUGGAAGGAAGAUGGAUCAAAUAUGUUCUGCUUUUUAGGAAUUUGUUAAAGGUCCAUUUGUCUCGAUUGAGUUUGUGACUUUGUGGGAUUCCAUUCUCUGUUUCACUUUUCUUCUCUCUCAAAAGAUUUGUCUGUUCUGUUCCUUUAUAUGCUUCACCAGAAAGCACAAGCAACUUCUUUGAUCCUCCAUUCUCAUAUAGUCUAUUUCACCCUCCACUUCUCUUCUAUCGUUCUGGUUGUUCUUAGAAUCUGUGUGUUCAUAUUCCACUUCAACUGAGAUUAUUAUUUCAUUUGUUUUUCGCGCAUCAAACUUUCUACUAAUUUUAUUCUCACCCAAUUUUUUCUGAGAAUACAAUUUUCCUGAGAAAAUGACAGCAUCUGAGAAGCUCAGCUCCAAAGGACAAGCAUGGUUCUGCACCACCGGAUUGCCAAGCGACAUUGUGGUUGAAGUGGAAGACAUGACCUUCCACCUUCACAAGUUUCCUCUGAUGUCAAAAAGUCGGAAGAUUCACAACCUGAUUACAGAACAAGAAGCAAAUCAUUCCUCUGCUACUAGAAACCAAUCAGCUGGCACAGAAACACAAUCUGUCCCUGAAGAAAUUGAGGAAGACGACGAAAUUGCUGAAGAACACUGUCAUAUAACGUUCGCAGACUUUCCCGGCGGCUCUGAGACCUUCGAGAUAGCUGCCAAGUUCUGCUACGGUGUCAAAAUCGACUUAUCCUCUUCCAAUGUGGCUUCUCUUCGCUGCGCCGGAGAGUUCCUUGAGAUGACUGAAGAGUAUUCUGAAGAUAACCUCAUCUCCAAGACCGAGAACUUUUUCUCUCAGUUUGUCCUCAAAAGCAUCAAGGACUCCAUUAGAGCGCUCAAGUCCUGCGAGAGAUUGAUGCCUCUGGCGGAAACAUUAGACAUUAUGCAGAGGUGCAUAGAUUCCAUUGUCGCCUUAGCUUCUUCAUCGGAUCCGGCAUUGAUUGGUUGGCCUCUGAACGAUCCCGGAACUAAUGACAUAACAACCCGAGGUUCCGACUCGAAGCAGAUCUUGUGGAAUACGAUUGAAACGGGGGGAAGAAAAAAGGGCGUGAGCAGAGGCAUUGCAAGAGGAGACUCAUGGCUUGAGGAUCUGGCACGUCUGAAUUUUCCUGUUUUCAAGCAACUCAUUCUUGCCAUGAAAAAUACGGAUAUGAGACCAGAGGUAAUAGAGAGUUGUCUUCUGUAUUAUGCAAAGAAAUACAUUCCUGGUGUUUCGAGGUCGAAUCGGAAGUCGUUAACCUCGUCUUCGACAGCAGUUUCGGAGUCUCAACAGAAAGAGCUACUGGAGUCUAUAAUAUUGAAUCUUCCAUUGAAGAGCGGUUCCAAGUCCUCAACAGCAACGAGGUUUUUGUUCGGAUUACUGCGAACAGCGAAUAUAUUGAACGCUUCCGAAUUUUGCAGAGAUACAUUGGAGAAGAAGAUAGGUUCCCAGCUCGAGGAAGCUACGCUGGACGACCUCCUCAUACCGAACUUCUCGUAUUUGAACGAAACGCUUUACGACGUUGAUUGCGUUGAGAGAAUGCUAGGGCAUUUCUUGGAGGGUUUAGAAGAAAGAAAUGAUCCUGCUACGAUCGACGGCAGGUCGCCGACGUUGACCCUUGUGGGUAAACAAAUCGACGGCUAUCUUUCCGAGAUAGCUUCCGAUGCAAAUCUCAAACCAGAAAGGUUCUACAACUUCGCUCUCUCUCUCCCCGAACAAGCCAGACUCUUCGACGAUGGUCUUUACCGUGCCAUUGAUAUCUAUCUCAAGGCACACCCAUGGAUAUCAGAAGCGGAACGCGAAAGGAUUUGCGGGUUGCUGGACUGUCCGAAGCUAACACUAGAGGCAUGCACGCACGCAGCACAGAACGAAAGGCUUCCACUGAGAGCAGUGAUCCAAGUACUGUUCUUCGAGCAGCUUCAGCUGCGACACGCCGUCGCGGGGUCGUUCAUGUCAGCGGAGGCGGCAAUCGACGCCGGGAGGCCAUCGGCGGCAGGGAUGGAAGAGGAAGCACGUGAGGAGCCGAGCGGCACGUGGAGGGUAGCGGAGAGAGAGAAUCAGGUGUUGCGGCUGGACAUGGAUAGCAUGAGGACGCGGGUGCAUCAACUGGAACGCGAGUGCUCCACCAUGAGGAAAGUGAUCUCGAAGAUUGACAAGAAGGGGGGCCCACAAGGAGGCGGGAGCUGGAGGGCAUCCUUGGGGAAGAAGUUCAGCUGCAAAUUCAAAACACAGGUCUGUGACUCCCGCGAACAAGCUGUCGUUGAUACACGCAAGGGACGGCCCCAUCAACACUAUCCCCAUGCCCAUAAUGAAUAACCUUUUCCUUGCUGGACAGCUUAGUGUCACGUGAGAUUGAUGAAGGCGUUGGCUGAAUCAUCUUUUUUCCUCUUUUUUUUUUUUUUGUAAUUUGAAGCCGAGUGCUCUGUUCAUGAGGUGAUAAAAAGGAAAACAAAAAAAGCUUAGGAGAAUGGUAGGAGGAUGACGUGGAUGGUAUUGAUUGGUGAAAUGGGGACGCAGCUUUUGAGGUGGAGGGUGAAGAGCGCAAGACCAGAGAAUUAUGGGGAAUAAAUACUGAGGGGCAGUAAUGGGAAAUUAAGAUGCUUGGUUCGAGGUAGGGACGCACAUUGGGUGCCACAGCUAAGCAUGAAUGGAUAUGUGUAGGGAUUACAGGCCCGAACAAUAGAAGAAUAGGGAUUGCUUGGAAUGAAAGAGAGGGUUGCAGAAAAGGCUGAUAAGGAAGCUGAAAGUAGUAAUGAUUGGGAGGAGUAGUUAAAAAGGGUGGGUGUAUUUCUCAGGGUGGAGGAUGGGGACAUAAUUGCUGCACUUUCCCUGUUGGCUAAUCAUAUUCCUAUUUGUUUUAAGGGAUGACAGUCAAACUCAUGAUUUUCCCGCGUGUUCCGUAAUUUCUCAGCCAUCAUAAUUUUUUGGGGGUCAGUAAAUCUUCUUCUUGAAUGCCUCCAGACGGGGACCUCCGCUGUCCGAA